AUGGGGGAGUCACCCCCGCGAGCACCUCCCGGGCAGACACAUCCUCGCCGGCCCCCGCUCCGUCUCAUCAGCGUUUCAGAACGGAUCCGGGAGGGGGUAUAUGUGGCUUUUCAGUCGAUGCUUAUUGUGCUUGUGGGAGCUGUGCCUGAGUAUCAUAUAGACCAAGAAGGAAUUCAGGCAAGCAAAGCUGAGCUUGCCAAGCAUAUCCAUUUUGCAGACAACUUCACAUCUAUAGUAACUGAGUGGUACCUGAUUGAACAAGAAGCCUACAAAGUGAGCCUUGCAUCAUCCCUGUUUUUUGCUGGAUUGCUUAUUGGAAAUAUCACAUUUGGCCCUUUGUCAGAUAAGCUGGGCAGGAAACCAGUGUAUAUCUCGGGUCUGUUUUUUGAUGUUGUUUUUGGGUAUGUUACAGCAUUAGCUCCAAAUUAUGAUGUAUUUGCAGUUUCACGUUUUUUUGUUGGAAUUGUGAAUGGUGGAAUGGCUCUUGUGUCUUUUGUGCUAACCCAAGAAUAUGUAGGAAAAUCAUUUUGGUCAUUUACAGGUUCAUUAACUAACUUGACCUUUGCAGUUGGCAUUGCUGUUUAUGCUUUACUGGGUUACUGUGUCAGAGAAUGGCGCCACCUUGCUUUGGUAUCAAAUACUCCAGGAGUCCUCUUCCUCCUCCUCUCUUUUAUGCUCCCAGAGUCACCACGAUGGCUGUAUUCCCAAGGGAAGAUGGCAGAAGCUGAAGAUGUGUUGCAGUAUAUUGCCCUUGGUAAUGGAAAAGAGGGAUUAAAUCUAAAAUUAAAACCAAAUGCAGGAACUUUGCAAAAAGAUGAAUCUACGCCUGGUGUCCUAAACUUAGUAAAACACCCGAUGCUUCGGUGGCGAACUGUCAUACUGAUGUAUGUCUGGUAUGUCUGCAGCUUUGUGUACUAUGGUCUAACUUUAAAUGCUGGUGAAUUAAGAGGAAACCUGUAUUUAAAUGUGGCUCUUUCCGGUCUUGUAGAAGUUCCAGCAUUUCCUCUCUGCAUGUUUUUAAUUGAGAAAUCCUGGAGUGGAAGACGUAAAACUAUGACAUGUUUCCUGAUAUUUGCAGGAUUUGCCUGUAUGUUUACCAUGUUUUUACCCACAAAUGCUGGUCUGCUCCUCAGCCCCACGUGGUUAGCCUUGUGUGGGAAGAUGAUGAUCAGCGCUGCUUUCAACAUCCUGUAUAUUUACACAUCUGAGCUGUACCCAACAGUACUGAGAAAUGCUGGCUUGGGUGUCUGUUCCAUGUCUUGCAGAUUUGGGGGCAUUUUGGCUCCAUUUGUGCCGUCUAUGAAAUCUCUCAGUCCCUCUGUGCCAUUUGUGGUGUUUGGAAUCAGUGGACUUUCAGCAGGAUUCCUGACUCUCCUUCUGCCAGAAACACUAAAUAAGCCAAUUGCUGAGAGCAUUGAAGAUCUCCAGAGUCCCAAAUACCAGUUGCUUAAAAAUGAAGAGACAGAGUAA